AUGGAGCAGGGGAAGCGGCUGGCCACCCUCCUGCUGGCUAUCAUUCUUCUUCAAGGUAACAUGGCUUUUCCCUUUUCAGCCAAGCCUUUUAUAAAAGUGGAUGACAAUCGAGAAGAUGGUUCAGUGCUUUUGACUUGUGAAUCUGAUGAGGAAACUAUCAAAUGGUUUAAAGAUGGAAAGGAAAACAAAGAUUUGAACACACCUAAAACUUGGAAUCUGGGAAGUAGUACCUCAGAUCCUCGAGGGAUAUAUUCGUGCCAAGGAUCAAAAAACACUUCAAUACAACUGUAUUUUAGAAUGUGUCAGAACUGCAUCGAAAUGAGUGCAUCUACGAUAGUUGGAUUUAUUUUUGCUGAAAUCAUCAGUAUUUUCUUCCUUGCUGUUGGGGUCUACUGCAUUGCUGGGCAGGAUGGAAUUCGUCAGUCACGAGCUUCAGACAAACAGACUCUGUUGCCCAACGACCAACUCUACCAGCCCCUCAAGGAUCGAGGAAAUGACCAAUACGGCCAACUUCAAAAAAACCAAGCAAGGAAGAACUGA